CACAACUUCACACCACAAACCUCUCUCUCAAGUCUCAAGCUUCUUCCUCAUCUUUAUUUGUUUUUUUUAAUUAUAUUUUGUUAACAUGACGCCGACAGUUAAAACGGCGGCCGUCAAAACCAACGACGGUAUCGGAGUCCGUUACAGAGGAGUGAGGAAGAGGCCAUGGGGACGUUACGCAGCCGAGAUCAGAGAUCCUUUCAAGAAGUCUCGUGUAUGGCUCGGUACUUACGACACUCCUGAAGAUGCGGCUCGUGCCUACGACAAACGUGCCAUCGAGUUUCGUGGUGCCAAAGCCAAGACCAAUUUCCCUUAUUACAACAACAACAACUACAGCAACGAGAGCUUGAGCCUGAGCCAGAGCCAUAGCACAGUUGAAUCAUCUGUUCCUGAUCUCAACAACCGUGGAUCUGACUCCAUCAGUUCCAGAUUCCCUUUCCCGAAGAUUCAGGUCAAGUCUGGGAUGAUGGUGUUUGAUGAAAGGAGUGAAUCUGAAUCGUCGUCGUCUGUGGUGAUGGAUCUUAGCUCAGAAGGAGGAGGAGGACGACGAGUCGUCUUGGACUUGGAUCUUAACUUCCCUCCUCCACCCGAUCAGAACUAAUGAUUUUUAUAUCUUGGGAUUUUAAUUAUAAUUAUUAGAAUAAUUAAUUAAAAUGUUUCUUGAUUGAGUAUUAAUUGAUCAUCAAGUAUACUAGAAAGAUUUUUAAGUUUUAAGUGGUGCCAAUUGUUUUUUUGUCAUCAGCAGAUUGUUUAAAAGAAUUUUAGUUGUUGAGAACGUGUUUUGUUCUAAUCUGUUGAUGUCUUUUUAUAUUAUUUUUAAUUAAUUGUAGUUCUGAUCAAAUAAUACUCUUGUUUUGGCAUCAA